AUGACCAUGGCAACCACCACAAGCAACAACAAGAAUCGCGAUGCUUCGAAUGCAACGCAGACCGACUCCCUUAAGGGCAAUGCUAGGAUUCAAAUUCGGCUCUCACGAGGACCCAUCAGUAUUACGAGCAAUACUAUUCUUGUCACUAUUAACAACGACAACAACAACAACAGCAACAACAACAACAACGGCACAGCCAACCCCCUGGAUAACGAUUGGGACAAGAAUGCCUCCCAAGAAUCUAGGAUUGGUGAAGCCAUUGACAUUCUCGAUUCAGAAAAGACCAGCAGCAACAACCGAGUGAAGAGACGGUGUUUACGCCGAAAGGGUUCUUCCAUUUCGGAACAAUCGGCGAAGGAAAUGUUGCACGACAACUGCGACCGUUUGUCAUCAUUGCUUAUGCAGACAAGGAGAAAUAUGGAGAUGACAAGUGACGGCUUUCAUAGCAGUGAUGAUGAUGAGAGUGACUUGGAGGAUUCAUGA